UUCAAAAAAGUAUUAAAAGCUGAUACGAGAAAGCGCGAGUGAGAAAAAAAGAAAAAAGAGGAAGGGAAAAAACAAUGGAGAUAUCGAAAGAGGAAUUUUUGAAGCAAUUUGGGGACGACUACGGCUACCCAAAUUCCCCCAAAAACAUCGACGAGAUCAGAGCUACCGAGUUCAAGAGAUUGGAAGGUUUGGUUUACUUGGAUCACGCUGGAGCUACUCUUUACUCUGAGACCCAGAUGGAAUCCGUCGCCAAAGACCUCACUUCCAAUCUUUAUGGAAACCCUCACAGCCAGAAUGAUUCAAGCAUUGCUACUUCAGAUAUGAUAAGUGCAGCAAGACAAAAGGUUCUCGCAUAUCUUAAUGCCUCACCGAAGGAAUAUAAAUGCAUAUUUACAUCUGGGGCAACAGCAGCCUUAAAACUCAUUGGAGAAUGCUUUCCUUGGAGCAGAGAAAGCUAUUAUGUCUACACCAUGGAAAACCACAACAGCGUUCUUGGAAUUAGAGAAUAUGCCCUCGAUCGAGGAGCAACUUCUGUUGCUGUUGAUAUUGAAGAGGUUCAGGACUGCGGAGACCAAUAUGAAACUACUGGGUCCUCUAUUAGGAUCCAAAGACACUCUGUGCUUCAAAGAACUAAUGCUUCAUCACAGGGGUUAGCUGACAUACAUCCUUCAGGAAAUGCUUACAACCUGUUUGCCUUUCCUUCGGAGUGCAAUUUUUCUGGUGUGAAAUAUCCUCUUGACUUGGUUAAGAUCAUCAAGGAAGAUGGAGGAAAGAAAUUGGGAGGCUCAUCUCAUUCCCGGGGUCGCUGGUUGAUUUUGAUAGAUGCUGCAAAGGGAUGUUCAACCGAACCACCAGAUUUAGCUAGGUAUCCUGCUGACUUUGUUGUCUUCUCUUUCUAUAAGAUAUUUGGUUAUCCAACUGGGCUUGGAGCUCUUGUUGUUCGAACUGAGGCAGCCAGGAUUCUGAAUAAAAAAUAUUUCAGUGGAGGUACUGUUUCUGCUUCAAUAGCUGACGUUGACCUUGUAAAUAGAAGGGAAAGCAUCGAGCAAUUGCUUGAAGAUGGCACACUUCCAUUCUUGAGCAUAGCUUCCAUUCGUCACGGGUUCAAAAUAAUUGAUUCUUUGACUAUAUCUUCUAUUGCCCGGCAUACAGCAUCUCUUGCCACCUAUGUGAGGAAUGCUAUAGUGAGCUUGAAGCAUGAGAAUGGAUCAGAUCUCUGCACACUUUAUGGAAGCAACAUGACCAAGGUGUUACCUCCUGAUCUGGGUCCUACAAUUGCAUUCAAUUUGAAAAGGGAUGAUGGGUCAUGGUUUGGAUAUCGUGAAGUGGAAAAAUUAGCUUCUUUAUCUGGAUUCUGGGAUCCAGUUGCGGGCUGCUUCUGCAAUCCUGGUGCAUGUGCUAAAAAUCUUGGUUUGUCUCAUUCUGAACUUCUUUCCAAUAUUGAGGCUGGCCAUGUAUGCUGGGAUGAUAACGACAUAUUGAAUGGGAAACCAACAGGUGCUGUUAGGGUAUCAUUCGGUUAUAUGUCAACAUUUGAGGAUGCAGAGAAAUUUCUGAAGUUUGUAGUAUCUUCUUUCGUAACAAAGCCAAAUUUAUCCAGAGAUGCAUAUCCAUUUGAAACACAAUCAUUGACUGGGAGCCAGUUUGUUGGGGGAGUACAUCUGAAAUCCAUCACAAUCUAUCCAGUAAAAUCUUGUGCGGGAUUCAGUGUGCAAAGCUGGCCCUUGAGUAAUACAGGCCUUUUGUAUGAUCGUGAAUGGCUACUUAAAGGACCAAAUGGUGAGAUUUUGACCCAGAAAAAGGUUCCUGAAAUGUGCCAUAUUCGUACAUUUAUUGAUUUACAGAAGGAAAAGUUCUAUCUGGAAUCACCACGUUCCAAAACAAAACUGCAAAUUUCUCUUCAGAAGAAUUCUUUAUGUAGGUUGAAGGAAGAAAUGGAUGUUUAUGGUCAGAGAUAUGAUGUGCAGAAUUAUGAGAAUGAAGUUAAUAUGUGGUUCACUGAAGCAACUGGUCGGCCUUGUACCUUUGUGAGAUGCUUAGGUUUGAAAAGUCAACAUUGCUCAAGUAAAGGCGGCAGAGAAGGCACAAGAGAAGGCUUGUGUAGAGAACUUAGAACAAACUUGAAUUUUUCUAAUGAAGCGCAAGUCCUACUAAUAUCCGAAAACAGUGUUAAUGAUCUCAAUUGUCGGCUAACAGAUAAUCAGAAGGGAAAUUGUAGGUCUGAGCAGCAAUCAGUUGUUGACGCAAUGAGAUUUCGUCCCAAUCUUGUUGUCUCAGGUGCAGAACCAUUUGCUGAAGAUAACUGGAUUAGCGUUCAUAUCGGGAAGGCACAUUUUAUUUCACUGGGAGGAUGCAAUCGCUGCGAGAUGAUUAAUAUUGGUCAGCAGAGUGGCCAAAAGCUGAAACCAAGGGAACCGUUGAGAACUUUAGCAUCAUACCGUAGAGUGCAGGGAAAGAUCUUGUUCGGUAUUCUGCUUCGGUAUGAAAGUACCACCAUUUCAGAGGAUGGAGAAGUUCCAAGGAUUGGUGAAGAGCAACGGCUUCGAGUGGGGCAGGAAGUGUAUCCAUCCAUGAACUAGAUGGAGAAUAAGGUGCAGAAGAGUGUAGCUAGCUGCUAAAAUGAGAACAUAGGGGAUACAAAAAAUUGAGAGAAAACUUUGUUGUAAAUGUGCGAAGGGCGGAAACUUAACCAAAAUAAAUUUGGAUCUAAAACCUCCCAAGAAGUUAACAAACUAUUGCUCAUAGGGGAUGGAAAAAAGGAGUUCUUUGCAUUUCUAAAACUUUGUUGUAAUUUUUUGUUUAUCUCGUGUACCAGGAUUUCUCAAACAUGAAUGAUUAAUAAAGUAUGAUUUUAAGAGCAA